CUCCGUGUACGGCGGGCGAGGAGGGCCGCUUUUCUUCCUGGCUUCCGUUUCCGGCUGGCGGGGCUUCCGGCGGCGAGGGGUGAGGGGAUGGCUCCGCGGCUGCAGCUGGAGAAGGCGGCCUGGCGCUGGGCCGAGGAGGUGCCCCCGGAGGCCGUGACCCAGGAGCACGUCGAGGCCGCCUACCGCGUCGCCCUCCCGGCCUGCCUCCGCGCCGCCUGCCGGAGGAACUGCCGGGGGAACCCCAACUGCUUGGUGGGCAUCGGGGAGCAGGCCUGGCUGGGAGAGAUCGACGAGGACGCCUUCCACAACAUCGAGGACCCAAAUGCCGAGAGACGGAAAAAGAAUGCCUUUGUGGGCCUCACCAACCUGGGCGCCACCUGCUACGUCAAUACCUUCCUCCAGAUGUGGUUCCUGAACCUGGAGCUGCGGCAGGCACUCUACCUUUGCCCCAGCCCCCGCCCCAGCGGACCCACAGCCGCAGAGGGGCCCUCCGUCGGCACAGAUUACGAGCCGCAGAGCAUCUGUGAGCACCUGCAGUACUUGUUUGCCUUGCUGCAGAGCAGUCGGCGGCGGUACAUCGACCCCUCGGGCUUCGUGAAAGCCCUGGGCUUGGACACAGGUCAGCAGCAGGACGCGCAGGAGUUUUCCAAGCUGUUCAUGUCGCUCUUAGAAGACACGCUUUCCUCCCAAAAGAACCCAGAAGUUCGGGACAUUGUCCAGAAGCAGUUUUGCGGAGAAUACGCCUACGUCACUGUUUGCAACCAGUGCGGCCGGGAGUCCAAGCUGAUCUCGAAAUUUUACGAGCUUGAAUUGAACAUCCAGGGCCACAAACAACUCUCGGACUGCAUCACCGAGUUCCUAAAGGAAGAGAAGCUGGAAGGGGACAACCGCUACUUCUGCGAGACCUGCCAGAGCAAACAGAACGCCACGCGCCGCAUCCGGCUGCUCAGCCUGCCUUGCACCCUCAACCUCCAGCUCAUGCGCUUCGUCUUUGACAGGCAAACAGGCCACAAGAAGAAGCUGAACACUUACAUUGAGUUCUCGGAGCUGCUGGACAUGGAGCCAUUCAUGGAGGACAAAGGCCACGGCUUCGCCUACGAGCUGAGCGCCAUCCUGAUCCACCGCGGGGUGAGUGCCUACUCCGGCCACUACAUUGCCCACGUCAAGGACCCCCAGACGGCGGAGUGGUACCGCUUCAACGACGAGGAGAUCGAGAAGAUGGAGGGGAAGAAGCUCCAGCUGGGAGCCGAGGAAGACCUGGAGCCUUCCAAGUCGCAAGCCCGGAAGCCCAAGGGUGGGAAGGGGGUCUACCGCUCCCGGAACGCCUAUAUGCUGGUCUACAGGCUGCAGUCGCGGGCCAAGACCCUGACCACGGACAUCCCAGCUUUCCUGAAAGACCUGGUGGAGCGGGACAACAGCAAGUUCGAGGAGUGGUGCACGGAGAUGGCGGAGAUGCGCCAGCAGAGCGUGGCCCGGGGCAAGGUCAAGCACGAGGAGGUGAAGGAGCUCUACGAGAAGUUGCCCGCUAAGGCUGGCGACUCUUACGACUUUGUGUCCCUGGAGUGGCUGCAGCAGUGGCUGGACGAGGCGGCCGCCCCGAAGCCCGUCGACAACCAGCCCUGCUUGUGUCCCCACGGGAAGCUGCACCCGGACAAGGUCCCCGCCAUCAAGAGGGUUUCCGCCACUGUGGCUGACUACUUCUACCAGCGCUACGGGGGCGGGCCUCGGCUGACUGAGAAGGCCCUCUGCCGGGAGUGUGUGGUGGAGCGUUGCCGGAUCCUGCGGCUGAAGAACCAGCUCAACGAGGACCACAAGGCUGUCUCCAAUCUGCUCAAAGCCAAUCCCAAGGAGGACGAGGGCUUCUGGGUGGGAAAGCCUUCCCUGCGGAGCUGGCGGCAACUGGCCCUGGAGCAGAUGGAGGCCCCGCAGGAAAGCCAGGCCCGCAGCAACGGCAAGGUGAACGGAGAAGCCGAGGGCAAAGAUGAAGGCGACGUGGAGAAGCGGGAGGAAGAGGGGCUGCGGUUCAACGAGGACAUCGUCUGCCCUCACGGCAACCUCUGCACCUCGGAAGGCGAGCGGAGGGUCGUCUCGCGGGAAGCCUGGGAGACGCUGCAGCGCUAUUUCCCAAGCGCCCCGGAGUUCCCCAGCAGCAGGGAGCCCUGCUCCCAGUGCAAGCUCCUGGAGCGGGAAGGGGCGGAGAACGAGGCGCUGCACAAGAUGAUGGCGGGCGAGCAGAAGGCCUGCCUCUCCAACCUCUUCCAGGACAAGAACCGGCCCGUCCUCAGCACCUGGCCCCAGGAAGGAGGAGAGCUCUACGUCGUCCCGAGGCUCUUCGUCGAGGAAUGGAGGAAGUUCGUCAGGCGCCCCACCCGCUGCCGCCCGGUCUCUUCGGUGGGGAACCGGGAGCUGCUCUGUCCGCACGGGGGGCUCAUGUUCACCUUCGCCUCCAUGGCCAGGGAGGACUCUAAGCUUGUAGCUCUGCUCUGGCCCUCUGAAUGGGAGCGGAUCCGGACCCUCUUUGUGGUGGACCAGGCCAUCCGGGUGCUGCGGCGGCGGCCGGCCCCCCAGGAGGAGGGGGAGGGGGAUGCGGCCCAGGGGGCAGAAGGGUCCCCCUCGUCUCCGCUCUUCAUCACCGAACCCGAGCUGUGCCUGGACUGCCGGGAGGGGCUCCUGUGCCAGCAGCAGCGGGACCUGCGGGAAUACGCCCAGGCCACCAUCUACGUCCGCAAGGUCGUCGACAGCAAGAAGGUGAUGAAGGAGGCGGCGCCGGAGCUGGCGGUGAGCAGUUCGGAGGCCGAGGAAGAGAAGGAAGAGGAAGAGGAAGAAGAGGAGGAGCUCCGGGCCGAAGCCGGGCGGGACCCCGACUUCAGCCAGGCCAACAGUAGCAGUAGCAACACCGCCAAUGCGGCCAAGCGGCCGAAGCUGACCCCCACGACCCCGGCUUUGGCCCCGGCCUUCCCGAAGCAGCAGGGCGUCCGGCGAAGUGCCCGUCACCGCAAGGUCCGCGGGGAGAAGGCCCUCCUGGUCUCUGCAAACCAGACCCUCAAGGACCUCAAGAUCCAGAUCAUGCACGCCUUCUCCGUGGCCCCGUUUGACCAGAACCUGUCCAUCGAUGGCAAAGUCCUCACCGACGACUCGGCCUCCUUGGGCAGCCUUGGGGUCACCCCAGAGUCCGUGGUCUUGUUGAAGGCUGAUGAGCCCAUUGUGGAUUACGCUGCGAUCGAUGACGUUAUGCAAGUCUGUAUGCCUGAAGAAGGAUUCAAAGGGACCGGUCUCCUCGGACACUAAUGUAUUUUGGGGGGGAAACAACACUGUUGUCGAAGCGUCAAAGAUGAAUCGGGGAAACGGGUCGGCCAUUUCGGGGCAAGCGGACUUUUCCAGAAGGACUUGGGUUUUCCGAGAUAACGGCGCCGAAGUCGGUCAAAACGCAGGAGAUCGAUCCUUAGAAGGAGGGAUGGAGAAGGGUGUUGUUGUGCCUUGUCCCGGUCCUUCCUCGUCUCUUCCGACACUUCGAACGGCUCGUUUCUCGUCUCGUUUCUCGUCUUCCUCCUCUUCCCGUAAAAAAAAACGGGGGAAACGGAAGAGGAAGAAAAUGGCACUUGUGAAAGGUGUGGGCUUUUCAUGGGUGGAUAGUUGAGGACUUUGGGGUUUGAGGGCUAUUUGGGAACACGGUUCCCGGACGCGGGGAUCAAUAUGGCGGGCCUCCCAUAGGGUUAGGGAGCGGUCUCCCGGAAGACAGGCCCGGAGCCUUUCUCUGACGCUCUCGAAGUCGGGGCCUUUUUUCACCUCGCUUCGUCUUUGCGUUUGUCCUCAAUUUUCAGCGUGCGAUUCACACCCCGAUGUGUAUAUGUAAAUAUGUCGAUAUAUAUAUUUAAGGGAAGCGGGCGGGACUUCCAACUCCGCGCUUUUCCUCUGCCGUUACAUCCCCAAACGUUGUGGGACUCGUUUUCAGAAAUCUUCAUUAAAGUGUGUCAAUCUCA